GAUAGCUUUGUAUAUACCAAGCCUAAUAUUUUUUGUGACAUUGAAAUCCGUGAAAGCAAUCGAUUGUUUCGAGAAAGAAAUCGGUGCUGUCAUAUAAUAUCGAUAAGAUAUUUCACCAUCUGGUAGCACGACUAAGUUCAUACGUAGUUGGAAAUCUCGAUGGCAAUGCAAACAACUUCGUUCGGCUAACAAAACCCGACUAAAUUCCAACGUCAACGAGAGCAUAGACGAUAUUUUCGGUUUCUCCCCAAGUGAUACCGAUUCCGAGAGCUACAGCCUUAUAUGUAGAGUGGGGGCAGGCAGAGAUCCCGGCCAAAAUUAACAUAUUCCUGGAGUCCAUCAGCCAGCUGGCGGCCCUGGCGACCUCGAGCGGCAUCAUGCAGCUGCUGCUAUCGUCCGUUUGCAUGGCGCUGACCAGCGCGGUGAUUGGAUUUGCCUACUACCAAAAACAGCAGUUCUAUCCUGCGGUGGUCUACAUCACCAAGUCGAACGCCUCCAUGGGGGUCAUCUACAUACAGUUUUUUGUGAUUGUCUUCAUGUUCGGCAAGCUGAUAAGCAAGAUCUUCCUGGGCACGCUACGUGCCGCAGAGUUUGAGCAUCUGCUGGAGCGCUUUUGGUACGCCCUUACGGAGACCUGCUUGGCGUUUACCGUGUUCCGGGAUGACUUUAAUCCGCGCUUUGUGGCCUUGUUUACAGUUCUUCUAUUUCUCAAAUCAUUCCAUUGGCUGGCUGAGGAGCGGGUGGACUUUAUGGAGCGUUCCCCUGUGCUCGGCUGGCUCUUUCACAUUCGCGUGGGCAGCUUGCUCACAGUGCUGGGCAUCCUAGAUUACGUUCUCCUAAUCCAUGCCUACAACUCAACCUUAGUGCGUGGACCUACCGUGCAGAUGGUCUUCGGCUUCGAGUACGCCAUCCUUCUGACCGUAAUCGCCAGCACGGCCAUCAAGUACGUUCUUCACGCCGCGGAAAUGCGCACGGACACGCCCUGGGAGAACAAGGCAGUGUUCCUGCUCUACACUGAGCUGGUUAUUGGACUUAUUAAGGUGGUGCUGUAUCUCCUGUUUGUGGUGAUAAUGGCUAAGAUAUACGCGCUGCCCAUGUUCGUAUUCAGGCCUAUGUUCUUUACCUUACGCAACUUCCGUAAGGCCCUGAAUGACGUGAUUAUGUCCCGGCGGGCCAUACGCAACAUGAAUACUCUGUAUCCCGACGCCACGCCUGAGGAGUUGCGGCAGUCAGACAACAUAUGCAUCAUCUGUCGCGAGGACAUGGUUAAUCACUCAAAGAAACUGCCCUGCGGCCACAUCUUCCACACUACAUGCCUGCGCUCGUGGUUCCAGCGCCAGCAGACCUGUCCAACCUGCCGUCUGAACAUCCUUCGAACUCCAACCGUCAACUCCACAGCGAUGCCACGUCAAGCCGAUGAGGCUGCGGCCGCAGCUGCUGGGAAUCCCAUUCCGGCUGCAGCAGGUGCCCAACCUGCUGGUGGCGUGCCUCCUCCAGCCCCAGUGGCCGUAGACGGCAACCAGGCACGGGCCAAUGGCAAUCUAGCCGGAGGUCAAGCCUUGCCUCCAAACUUUGCGGAUCUAUUCGGCGAUGCCACCGGUUUGCCCAAUGGAUUGCCUAACCUGGCUGGUUUGCAGAUUCCUCCGCCGCCAGUUAUGCCCAUGCUCUCGCCUUUUAUGAUGCCUCCCCACUUUGGCUACCUCACGCCCCUGCCGCCGCCGCCGAUGCCACAGGACCUGACCAAUUUUACCGACGAAGAACUGCGGGCCAUGGAGGGUCAUCAACGUGAUCAUAUUGUGCAGCGUCUAAAGUUGCUGCAAAACAUAAACCUUAUGCUGGAUUCCGCGGGGAUAAUGAUGUCCCAGUACCAAAGUUUAGCAGCACGCUUGCAGCUCACUGCAGCGACGCCAGCAUCCGCGGCAAAUGGAUCUGCUGGUUCUAGCGUAUACGACAUGCCCAGUACCUCGGCCACGGCCAUGGCUCAGAUGGAGGCUCACCAGGUUACUCCCACAGCAGCCACAAGCGCACCGUCUCCAACGAUGCCUAUAGAAAAGGUAACCAUUGAGGAUUUGGGAGCGGACGCUGACGAGGAUGAUAUACCAUCGACAGCCACGGAGGCAGUGAGCAUUCCCAACUCCGAUGCUGACUUCGAAGAGAACUCCUCGGAGCUGGGUGAACUAAGGAAACGCCGUUUGAAGUUCCUUGAGGAGCGGAACAAGCCUGUUGCCGCUAAUGAGCGCACGUCAGCGGAAUAGGCGCCUUAAAAACUGAAGUCAACACUCCCAGAAACGGCAGCGACAACUCACAUCCCACAAAAAAAAAACAUAAACAGGACGUGCUUGCGUUUAUCACAUUUUUAAUUCUCUUGGCUAGUAUUGAUUUUAUUUAUACUCCGACGUUCAUCCGCUGCAUCCUGACUUCUGUUUUUUCUACGACUUGCGAUAUGGGAAUAUUACGACGAAGACGACAAUGACGACUACGAUGCCCCCGACUUCACACACUGAAACACGACCGCGAAAAAUCGGCAUGUGGAACGAAGGAUCUGAACGUGAAACGCGAAAUGCGGCAUCAAAAUCCAAUAUGUAGCAAUAUGUAUUGUGUAAAAACUAUUUUAGAGAUGGGAAACUGAUGAUUUGUAUUUAAUAUUACUAUAUGUGUAUAAUUAAUAUGAAAUAUAAUUAAAACAAAAAGAA